AAUGUUUAUUGUUUACACUAUUAACUGUAGACCGGGUGCACAGUGGAAUCAAAAGCACUUAGUUAAACAAUAUGAAUUCUCAAGCAAAUGAUGUUUUUGAUCAGCUGUUUCACAUAACCAAAAAGCUGUCAGCUGAAAAAACACCUUCUGCUACUCAUAAAAUUUUAAAAGAAUUAUAUCAGAUUAUACAACAGUGUGGUACAAAAUAUGAAAAUGUCAGUACAUUACCACCUUCUGCUCAAACUACUUUUCUUUCACUUUGUGAUCUUUUAACAUCAAUCAUUGCCAAUCCAGAUUUCCCUGCAGAUUCCAUUCUUUUAAGCAGCACCUGCAUUGCUGUUUUAAUUGGAGAACUCUUUUCACCUGAUUUUGCUUCAAAAUUUUUAAUUUUUUUAUAUCAUUCAGUUGGAAAAAAGACACAAGGUGCAGUUCAGGAUAGUUUUACCGAAAAUGAAGCUCAAAUGAAUGCAGUAAACAUUUCGUUUUUUGCUGAGCAAAUCAAAGAAUUUCCAUCUGAUUCCUCUGAAGAAAAAAAUGAUUUAGUUAGUAUGAUGCAAAAAUUCGUCCAGGAUGAAGUUCACCUUGACAAAGGAAAAAUUCCCACAUUUCAUCAAAUUGCCGUUUUACAUGGAAUAUUAUCAUGCCAAAGGACAAAUCUUUUCCCUUUCAGAUCACGAUUUUUCAAUCAUAAGCCCUUUUUGAUUGCAAUAUUUAAUUCCAUCUAUCUAUCUUGUCUAACACCAUGUAGUUAUCAGUAUCAUGCAUUCAGCACACUUGUCAACUGGUUGAAAACAUGUCAAAAAUUUUUCCAUAAGCUCUUCAGUGAUGAUGAUCAUAGAUUAGAUGUAUAUUUCUCAUCUGACACUCAGAUUGUGAAAAAAACUUUAUAUCUUCUAGAAUCGAACUGGGAAAGUCCCAUAAAAGGAAUCAGUGCUUUUGUGAAAGAGGCUUAUAAACUCCUUAUAGUUUUAUCUAAAACUGAAUGUGAUUUAAAAGACUGUGAUUUUGAUUUAGCAUGCUAUUUGCUAAAUCAAACAUGUAAACUUAGCUGGAAAAUCAAAGGAAAAUAUUUGGUUCUAUCUAUACUGUUACAGUUUGUUGAUUAUGCAAAGUUUUUAAGGAAGUAUCCCGAUGUCCCGAAAGAAAUUAUAUCAAAUCUGAAGGCAAAUUAUGCUGCAUCUGCUAUUAGCGAAGUGUAUAAAUCUAUUGUUGAGUCUAUGAAGAAAAAUAAUAAGUCUUUGGAAUCUUUACAUAGAGAAUGGUGCUUUUAUUGGAAAACACCUAUUGUUGCAUCUCUUGUCUGUGAUGAUAAGUUAAUUAUCCAGGGUGUUACUAAUCUUAUAUUACCGUGGACUUUCAAUACCAUACCUAAUUCCUAUGAUCUACUUUUGGAUGUAUUUGAAUCAGAGGAUUAUAUUGCUCCAACAUUAAUGCUAAUGCGCAUUGCCAAAGAAUCUGGAAUAUGUGAAUCAAAAGAUAAGGAGUUGAAUCUUAUUCGGAAAUAUUUGCAUCAUCAGGAUGUUCAACUUAGAAAUGAAAUUCUAUCUUUUUUAUGCAGUUCCUCAAAAAAAUCAGAGGCACUGUCAGAAGCUGAAUUGAUACUUUUAAAAGAUUUCAUUAUCUCAAAUCUAAAUAUUGAUUCCACUCCAUUCCAACAGUUGCUUUUAUCACAGUUAAGAGUGCUGCUUGUUAGAAUUCGUGACAGCUUAGUCCAUGAGUAUCGCUCAAAAGUCAAGGAUGCACAUUUGAUUCCAGAACAUCGUCUGAAAGUCAGAAAUGUGCGAUUGGAACUUAAUCAAAUCGAGCUUGAAUUUGUUGAUUGGUUAGUAGAAACUGCUGUUUUGAACACUUUCCCUGGAGCAUGUUUUCAACGCCGUCGAAUUUCACUUAGCAUAUUAAAUAUUAUUUUUGAUGUACUAAUUGUAUCACCUCAGGGCAAUAAGCGAAAGGAAAAACCAUCUAAAUUUGUGAAACAAGUCAUUCAAACAGCUCAAAUGAAGGGGUUAUGGAAGUUUCUUAUGGAUGAUACUCUCCUGAAUAUUUUUCCAUGUGUCACUGAUUAUACAGAUGAGGUUCGAGCUUUAGCUUAUAAUCUAUUGGAAAAUUUUUCUACGUGGCCUGGUAUAUAUAAAGAUCUUCCUUGUGAGACUUUAAUCAAGUUUGGAUUCGACUUUUGCUGCAAUCCUGAUUCAAGAAGCAAUGAAGCCGGAGCUUACAUUAUUUGUUUGGUCUUUAAAAAGUUUUAUAUUAGAACUCAUGAAUUUGCUAAUUCAAAUGGAGCUUUCAUAAUACCUUUCAUGUCUCAUAUUCUGCAUACAGCAGGAUAUGAAGAUAGCAAUUUCGAAAGAGACGUUACAAGGGCUAAAACUACCCAUGGUUUGUUAUUGGCUCUUCAAUACUGUUUGAGUUACUCAAAAGAAGCCUUGAAGAGUUAUUCUUAUAAAAAGCCAACUAAAGUUGUUCUUUUUGUAAAUACAGUUAUUGAUUUCUGUGAAAUUGUUAUUAGAGAAGUGAUGAAGGUUCUGAGAGGAAAUAAUGAUAGCAAUCAUUGUCCGUCUUUUUCAGACAUUGGGGAGGCUCUGGAAAAAGUGGUUGUAAAUCAGGAUUCGCAAAUCGAAAAAAUAAUUGAUAUAAGAAAAGAAGUAGAGGUUCUUUUAAGUUGUUGCUGGCAAAAAAUCAAGAAUUCCUGUUUUGUUAUGUAUGAAUUAGCUUCUUGCAUUUGUGAACUGGAUUUGGAAUUACACACCAAGAAAGACUAUCUAUGCAAUAUUGCUGAUCAGAUAUCAAAUGUUUUGAUCACUUGUAGGCAUAGAGGUAUUGUUGAUGCAUGCAGCAUAGCCCUUAAUAAAUUCUGUGUGAUGCUGCUACAAAAAAAUGAAGCUCUACAUGAAGAAAUAUGCAAGGCUAUAUUGAAUUCAGCUUUUGAUUCUCUGACUGAUUCUAGAGCUACUUCUGUAACCAGAAGAGCAGCUGGGUUGCCAUCAUUGGUUCAAGCUGUUGUUUCCAGUGAAAAUAAUAACUUACAGAGAAAGUUGCUGUCCUUUACAAUUGAAAAACUUCAAGUGUAUUUUAACCGACCACCUAUACCCAUUCAAUCGAUAAGUGACAAGAUUGAUAUACCUCAAGCCCAUGCAUACCAUCUUUUAAAGAUUCUAGUGAUGGAAGCUAGCUUAUCUCAGGCAAUUUUAUCUCAUCUGGAUAGUAUCAUACCAAUCUGCAUCACUGGGUUUACUUCCCCUGUAUGGCCUAUUCUAAAUGGUGCUUUGCAGUUAUUUGGUGUGUUAUUGCCUCGCAUAUGUGGUCAGAAAAAAGUCAAAGAUGAAGACUCAGAACAUAAUCAAAUUUCUGCAUCUGAAUUGUUUGCACGAUGUCCUAACCUGAAAGUGUUCUUACUUGAUAAAUUGAAAGUUUGUGUUAAGUUCCAUCACGUAAAGAGAGUUUGCCCUAUACUGAUCCCUAUUUUAUCAAUUUUAGUGAAAUUAUCUCCUCCUCAGGAAAAUGAAGAUUUUGUAACAGAAUUGAACACGUUAUUGAUGGAUCUUAUUGAUACUCCUAUUUGGAAAGUUCGUGAUUUAGUAUCUUCGGUUCUUUCUGUCUUCAUCACAGUUGAUGACGCUUGGCAGAAGGUAGAAGAAUUAAACCAAGAAAUGCAUUCCCAUGGUAUUAACUGUAACAAAAUUCAUGGAAUAAUGCUCCUAAUACAAAAAGUUUCAAAGCGCGAUAAAUUAUCUUCUGCGAAUUACAAUAUUGUGAAAUUUUUAAUGAAAUUGUAUGAAAUUCUUCAGAAAAGAAACUGCCAACUAUUGCUUGGAAUUCUUUUGGAUACUAUCUUAGUAACAACAAGAAACUGUGAAAUUUCGACAUUGAAGGGAAUUUAUAAAUCAUUACGUAACUUGGAAAACAAAAGUAGCUCUAUGCUUGGAUCUUAUUAUUAUGAAAGCAGGGCUAUAAUAUUCAGACUAAGAUUUGCUGAAAGAUCUGAGAUUCCGUCUAUCAUUAAAGAACAGGCACAAAAGGAUACAUCUAUUGUGAAUGAAUGUCUUCAAUUUCUUACUGAAAUGCUCAAUUCUGAACGUUCUAAAUCAGAGUUUCAUUCUGAAAAAAAUCUGAAAUUUUGGAAAGAAAUUUGUAUUGCAUUACUGAGUUUCAUUGAAUCAGAAAGGCAUCCAAGCGUAAUUCUGGAUUCCUUGAAAUUUUAUAUUGAUUUGUGCUGUGAUUGGAAAAUUGGAGCCUAUAUCAUCGAUCCUAUACUUUGUAAAGCUCUUGAAGACAGGCUUCAUCAUCAUUUGGAUAUGAAAACAGGCUUAUCAACUUCUGCAUAUUCUUUGACUUUGUUAUCACUAUGUUUAAAGAGCAGUCUUCGGCGAGUAAAAGAUAUUUAUUAUCUUGAAAAAUGGAUCAUGUUGUUCAGUUCUUAUUCUCAACCACGCAGUUCAGAUGUUUUGAGAAUGCAAGCUGCAUGUUCAAUUGCUUGUGUUGGUCCAGUUCUUGUUGAACAUUUGACUAAAAAAAUUAACAAGGGAUGUGAGAAAUCUGUUUACCUCUACCUUAAUUUAUGUGAAAAUAGUAUAGUGCUAUUGCAAGAUGAAGAUGAAGAAAUAAGAAAUAAAACUUGUGAAUUUCCAUCUUUUAUCCAUCAUAAAUAUGAGGUUAACUCUCUGCAGUAUAAUAUUGGGCUUCAAGUUAUACUUCAACACAUGUUUCACUUGCUGCAUGAUAAUGACUAUUUUGUGUUUUAUUUAUGGAAUAGACUUCAGAAUUUUCCAUCUACCUCUAAAAUUCUGAUGAGUAUAAACUACUCUGUUACCAACAUUGCGCAUUAUUCACUGUUUGAGCAAGAAGUAGUUAAUGUAUAUGCUGAACCAGUUAAUCUUCUUUUGGAAUACCGAAGUCUUUUAAUGGCGACUUUAGAGGAACAGCAUUCAAAAAACCCUUCUUUCUGGACACAUACUCUCGAAAUGUUUACGAUUGAUUUGCUCCAGGAAAUUAGUGAUCUCCUUCUUGUUGUCAAAGACAGCAGGACAAUAAGUCUUUGUGGAUUGGUCUUCCCUCCACAUGGUUUACUAGCUAUGAAAAAGCUGCAGUGCCAAGUUCAAAUCUUAGUUCCUCUAAGGACACGCCCGAGUGUACAUGUUCUAGUGCAAGAACAUUUAGAGGAGAUUGCCUGUAAAUGGAAAGAAUUGGAGAAGUUACUGAGAUGUACAGUUUCUUGGUUUUUUUUAAAACUGUAAAUUUCUAAAAAAUUUUAUAAUUGGAAACAUUUUUAAUUUAUAUGUAAAUAAAAUUAUUGUUUGUGUUGAGAUUUUUGUUUUACAGUUGCAUAGGUGCUAAUAUAUAUGCAUAUAGUUUAUAUGUAUGAGGCAUAACAUUUGUUUACUUUUUAUGGCUCCCAUAAUAAAUCGUCAGAAAACUCAUAUCUCCUCCAACUGCAUUUGGCAAUCUUGGCGUAAUCUGAAAAUUGCCAAGUAAACUUGGGAGCUAUAAAAAUAAAUAAAUGCAGCAUGGUUCACCAGCUUUGAAAAAGCUGCAGUGUUAAGUUCAAAUCUUAGUUCCUCUAAGGAUACACUUGAGCAUAGAUGUUCAUUUGCAAGAACAGUUAGGGAGAAUUACCUGUAAAUGGAAAGAAAUGGAGAAAUUAUUAAAAUGUACAGUUUUUUUAUUUUUUUAUAUAAACUGUAAAUUUCUGAAGAUUUUUAUAAUUGGAGACGUUUUUAAUUUAUAUGUAAAUAAAAUUUUUAUUUCUGUUGAGAUUUCUGUCUUACAAUUGCACAUGUGAUACAUGCAUAUAUUUUAUAUCUGUGAGACAGCAUUUGUUUACUUUUUAUAGCUCCAAUAAUAAAUCGUCAGAAAACUCGUAUCUCCUCCAACUGCAUUUGGCAUAAUCUGAAAAUCGCCAAGUAAACUUGGAGGGCUAUAAAAAUAAACAAAUGCAGCAAAUAAAUCUAGGAAUACACCCACUUGGCAUUUUAUGUAUAAUGGAACUUGGUGUAAUCUGAAUAUCACCAGUUAAUCGAGGAGCAUAAAAAUUGGCAAUUUCCAAUUAAAUGUUUGUUUCUGUUGAAGUCUGUUUAAAAUGUUCCUAACUAAGCUAUGGUAAUUAUGUUCUUUCAGUACAAUAACACUUGUGUUAAUAUACAUGUGUAUAUAAUCUAUAUCUGUAAAAUAUAAAAUGCAUGAAUUUUUUGUCACAAGAAUUCCUUUGAAAUGAUGAACAGUAGAUUCCCAAAUUCUGGUGUACCUUUGUAGGUUGAGACUGAAUGUAUAAUUGUCCACUGCCAUCUGUAAUGCUAAUUGUAGUUAAAAUAACCCCAUCCCUUCUAUCUGUGACCAUUAGCGGAUGUGCAAAUCCCAAUUUCUGUGUUGGCAUAUAGUAACUAAGUCAUUCUUUUAUGUUUAAAUUGGCUGAUUUAUCCAUGUAUGAAUAAACCCUAAGAAUGAAUAAAUAACAAAAGUCUGUGA